ACAUGACCAUUGCGCGCUCCCGGGUUGCCGGCGCUGCUGAAUUGUUGUGGGUUUGUGGAUAGCUGGAGCUGCUGUACGGUCCGGCCAGUCAGAGUCGUGUCCUAUCCUGUCAGUGACUGAGCUUACCAACCAACCAUCAUGGCAGGGGUGCUGGCACGCAAGGCGGUGGACUAUGUUAAGAGCAAGGAGUUCCGGGAGUAUCUCAUGAGUACUCACUUCUGGGGACCAGUGGCUAACUGGGGACUCCCAAUUGCUGCUAUCAAUGACAUGAAAAAAUCGCCUGAAAUCAUUAGUGGCCGCAUGACAUUUGCCCUCACCUGCUAUUCACUACUUUUUAUGAGGUUUGCUUACAAAGUGCAACCCAGAAACUGGCUACUGUUUGCAUGUCACUUUACUAAUGAAGGUGCACAACUCAUUCAAGGCACACGACUGAUCAAGUACAAAAUGUCUCAAAAAGAAACUAAAGAGAAAUAACGAUAGCCAGUCUCCACCCUGAGAUACCUGCCUCUGAUGGAACCAUAGGAUCUUGCCAACGGAUUAUUUGCACUGCAUAUUAUUAUUGUUAUUUUAUUUUUAUUAUUAAUCCAGAACUUGACAUCUACCACUACAGUCUUUGUGACCUACCGGUUUCCGAACAUAUUUAUACUAAUCUUGUUUAUUAUCAAGUGCGUCUCUGGCCUAUGUGAACACGGAGUGUGAGUAAAUAUGGGACAUGGUAUAAGUUAUCAAGUGAGAUGCCUUAGUUUUAAUUCAUUCAAAUUCAGAUAUGAGUUAUCUCACUAAUUAAGUAAAAAGCCUUUAUGAAUAUCUCAUGUUAUUCAUAUCUGAUAUGAAUUUUUAAGCAAGCAAUAAUAAAAAAUCUUUGUACAAGA